GGGCUGGAGCCCGGGGCGGUGAUUGGCCCCGGCCGCUCCCGCAGCGCCCAAUGGGGGCCCGAGCCGGGGGAUAAAACCCUGGCGGCGCCCGCUCUCCCCGCGCUCCUUCUUGCCCGCUCCCGCACCAUGGAGCGCGCUGCGCUCCGCCUGCUGCUCCUGGCUCUCGCCGCCGGCUGCUGCCGCUCGCUGCCCGACCCAGGGGGGAGGAACUGUUCUGCUUUGCACCAGGCAGCAUGUGGCGAGAGAUGUGUCCCUUUCCUGUGGCUCUGUAACGGAGAACAAGAGUGCCCGGAUGGGACCGAUGAGCACUGUGAAGCAGCAUGUCGUGGUGAUGUGGAUGCAUGGCAGUGUGACAAUGGAAGGUGCAUUUCUAGUAGUUGGCUCUGCGAUGGUACCAGUGACUGCAGAGAUGGCUCGGAUGAGAGAAACUGUGUCUGUGAAGAGAAGAAAAUUCCGUGCCGGGGUAACACCCAGUGCAUUGAUCCUUGGGAAGUCUGUGACCUCCAUGAAGACUGUGAAGAUGGCUCGGAUGAAGCCAACUGUCCCCAGAACCACUGUCUGCCAGGGCAAUGGCAGUGCAAGAACAAAGUCUGCAUUAUGGAGGACUGGAAGUGCAAUGGUGUCAACAACUGUGGUGAUUCUUCUGACGAAGACAUCUGUGCCCACUGCCCAGAAGGCAUGAUCCUUUGUGACGAGGGGAAGUGCAUCUUGGGAGCUCUAAUGUGCAACGGGGCAGAGGACUGUCUAGAUGGAACAGAUGAACUCAGUACUUGCGGCAAAAACUGCUCUGUGGAUAAUGGAGGUUGUGUGGAGACCUGUACGGAAACCAGCUGGGGCGUGAGGUGUUCUUGUGGUGCUGGAUGGGAGCUCCAGGCUGAUGGACAGAACUGUACCGAUGUGGAUGAAUGUUCCCUGGUGUACAGUCCCUGUAGCCAGCUGUGUGAGAACACACUUGGUUCUUUCACCUGUGAGUGUGUGGCAGGGUACGAGCUCCACUCAGACACCAUCUGUGAAGUUGUUGACAAUGUGACCCAACUCCUGGUAGCCACUGGGCAGGAACUUGCCCUUCUGGAUGUGAGAACAGGUGCCCACCGGUCCCUGAUCGCCACCAACACCACCCCUGGAGCCAUUGCCUAUGAUCUACUGCGGGGGGCGCUCUACUGGAUCGAUGCCGACAAACACCUGCGCACCUAUACACCUUGGAAGGGGAACACCUUGCUCUACCCAGAUGUCGAGGCUGUGAACAGCAUAGCGGUAGACUGGUUCACAGGGCAACUGUACUGGGCCAGCAGCCACCCCCAGACAAUCUGUGCUGGUCUCCGCAACGGCCGGGGAUACGUAAAGGUGCUGGAGAAGAACUUGAUGCCUGAGCAGCUGACAGUGUAUCCAAUGAAAAGGUCCAUGUACUGGGUGAAUCGUGGGGAGAAGGGCAAGACCCUGAUCGAAGCAGCCGGGAUGGAUGGCUCGGACAGACAAGUGCUUGCUGUGGUCUCCAUGGAGGAACCCGUUGGGCUGACUCUGGAUUACGUGGCUGGCAGACUGUACUGGAUCAGCGAGUAUAAGGAGUCCAUAGAAACGGUCAAGGUGGACGGCAGUGGGCGCUACACCUUUCCAGAGAUGCUCCUGAAAGACCAGGACCCUGUGGGCUUGGUGGUGUUUGAGAACUGGUUCUUCUGGGCUGACGCAGAGAGACUCCUCUCGGCACCUCGCAGCCCUGCACGGGAGAGGCAGGUGCUGUGGAACACCUCCGUCUCAGCGUUCACCGUGCUGCAUGAACUGCAGCAGCAGCCAGGGAACACCACUGCCUGUGCCCCAGGCCUCUGCAGCCACCUCUGCCUCCUGUCACCCAUCCACCCAAAGGGCUACAAGUGUGCUUGCCCAGAGGGCAUGGUCCUUCUGCCACCUGGCACAUGUGCAGAGCUGACCUUCCUGUAUGCGACUCCCAAAAAGAUCUUCUCGCUGCAAGUGGGUCUGCUGGGCUCAGCUCCCAAGAGCACCCUGGUGGUGGACUGGCCGCAGAACCUCCACCUGCAGGAUGUGGACUGGAGAAGAGGUGCCCUCUACUGGACCGAUGACGAGGGGGACCUGAUGCGCUUCACGUGGCGCUCCCCAAGGAAGGAAGCCAUCCGAACGGGGCUGCCGGUCUGCUCAGCCACGGUCGAUAUAGCCUCUGGCGACGUCUAUUGGCUGACAUGUGACAGGACUGACAUCCGAGUCUGCCGAUUCACGGACAUGGCCACCAGUGUGCUCUACCGCUCCAAGAGCAUCAUCGCACACCUGUUCCUAGACUGGCCGCGGGCCACCCUCUACUGGCUGGAGGAUGGCAAACCCCUCCAGCAGAUGAACCUGGCUGGAGGGGAGGUGCAGGAUGCCUGGAACGAAACCUGGUCAAGAGACAUCCAGAUCACCCUGGAUACAGAGUCCUUCAGCUUCCUCUGGAGUUGCAAAAACCGAGGCCUGCAGAGUCUGAGCCUGGCCAAGAGGCAGAGGGGCACACUGAAGGAGAGCUGGCCUUACCAGCUUGCUGCAGCCUAUGAGCCCUACCUAGUGUCAGUCAACAAAACUGCUCUUCUGCUGUGGGACCAGAGAACAAUGGAGCCGGUCGGAGCUGUGACAGAGGCCAAUAUACAGAAAGUGGUGGUGGGUUUGGCCACCCCGCUGGAGACAGUUCCAGAGCCCAUGACCGAGCCCGUGACUGUUCCCCUGCUAGUGACGGCUCCCCUGCCAGCAGCCAGAAGCACUGCUGCCCCAGCAGCUCUGGAGACCACUACCACCACGCCACCCCCUCUGUCUUGUCCCCGCACCUGGCUCCCCUGCCGCGAUGGGUCCGAGUGCAUCUCCCAGGAGUACCUGUGUGACGGGGAGAGGGACUGCAAGGAUGGCUCUGAUGAAGAGGACUGUGCCCAGCUGUGCAACGCUCCAGGAAAAUUCAGGUGCCUGAGCGGGACCGGGUGCCUGGAGGAGCAGGAGCGCUGUGAUGGCGUGCCGCAGUGCCCGGAUGGCUCGGACGAGCUCGACUGCUGGAAGCCCACCCAGGACUGCGCCCGGCGCUGCGACGGCCACACACGCUGCGUCCCGGAGAGCUGGCUCUGCGACGGCCACCCGGACUGCCUGGACGAGGCUGAUGAGCAGGGCUGCGUGUGGGAGGAGUGCAGCCAGGCUGAGUUCCAGUGCAAGAGUGGCCAGUGCAUCUCGUCCUCCCUGCGCUGCGACGGGGACAAGGACUGCAAGGACCACUCGGAUGAGGAGGACUGCGCCGUCCCCAGACCCCUGCUGUGCCCCUUGGGGGAGGUGAAGUGCCCCCGGAGCGGGGAGUGCGUGCUGGCGGACUGGGUCUGUGACGGGGACGUGGACUGCAAGGACGGGACGGACGAGCAGGGCUGCAAGCGGGAGACCCUGGAGUGUGGUGCAAUGCAGUGGGCCUGUGGCAGUGGAGACCAGUGUGUGCCUGACUUCUGGCGCUGUGACAGGGAGAGAGACUGCGGCGACGGCAGCGACGAGAUGGGAUGUGAGCCCCGGAAGUGCCAGGGCCACGAGUUCCUGUGCAGGACGCACGCCUGCCUCAACUACUCCCUGGUGUGCAAUGGCGCACGGGACUGCGCGGACGGCUCGGACGAAGGCGGGAAGUGCCUGUUGCCGUGCGGGAGGCUCUGUGCCCAGAUCUGCUACCCAUCUCCCGAUGGGCCUAGGUGUGCCUGCCGGAGGGGCUACAGGCUGAGCAGCAACGGCAUCUCCUGCGCCGACGUCAACGAGUGCCAGGAGCAGGCGCCCUGCAGCCAGACCUGUGUCAACACCAACGGCAGCUACAGCUGCACCUGCCACCCGGGCUACCUGCUGGAACCCGACGCCCACAAGUGCAAAGUGACAGGGUCUGAGCCAAUGCUGCUGGUGGCCAUCCAGUCUCAGCUACUGCUCUACGGGCUCCGGCACCUGGAAGAGGACGUCCUGACGGCCACGGACAGGAACCUGAUCAUCUUCUCUGUCGACUACGACCUGGUGGAGCAGAAGGUCUUCUGGAUGGAUCUCAAUGCAGAAAGUAUCAAAUGGAUAGCCAUGAAGACCAAGAAAAAAGGAACCCUUGUGAAAGGCAUCAAGUCAGACUGCAUUGCUGUGGACUGGGUCGGGAGGAACCUGUACUGGACAGAUGGGAUAGCAGGCGAGCUGCUGGCCAUUGGGCUGAAUACCACAUGGCGAGGCCACGCGGAGUACACCGUGGUCCUGGAUGGGGGCUUGGACCAGCCUCGCUCACUGGUGCUGCAGCCUUUGCCAGGCUUAAUGUACUGGUCCGAAAUAGGGGACAGACCUCAAAUAGAGCGAGCCGGCAUGGAUGGCAGCAACAGGAAAAUCAUCAUUGACAAAGGGCUGGGCUGGCCAACCGGCAUAGCGCUCGACCUCCUGAGCUGGAGGAUCUUCUGGUCCGAUGACAAGCUCCACUGCAUUGGCUCUGCCCACCUGGAUGGCACUGACAUGAAGGUGUUCCAGCUGAGCCAAAUCAAGAGCCCUUUCUCGGUAACGGUGUUUGAGGAUGAGGUCUACUGGUCGGAGAUGAAGACCCGGACGGUGCAGAGUGUGGACAAAAGGACUGGCAAGAAGCGGGCUGUGCUGCUCAAGCGCCAUGGGCAGCCCUAUGGCCUAAAGAUCCUGCAUGAAGCACUACAGCCAAGAGCCCCUAACCCUUGUCAGGGCCUCCACAAAGGAAGCUGCCGCUGUCCGCUCGGGGACGUGCUGGCUGACGAGAAGAACUGCAUCCCGCUGAAGGACUCUGCGUUCGUGUUGCUGGUGGCACCAACAGUGAUCACUCAGGUAUAUCUGAAAAAGCUGCCCCCUGCAUCCAGGGGAGAGACCCUUCCUGAGCACCGAGUCUUCCCUCUUACCAACGUGGACGACUUGACCGCCAUUGACUACUCAGUGCGGGACAAGUCCCUCUACUUCGCAGACCGGCAAGACGGCUACAUCCGGCUGUUACGAAUCAAGGAUUUUGGCAAGCUGUCCUGGAAGAGAGUGGUGCCGGUGGAAGGCACUGUGGUGUCGCUGGCACUCGACUGGCUGAGUGGCAACAUCUACUGGGUUGACGGCCAGAACUCGGACAUUCGCGUGGCAACGGCCGAUGGACACUACACCCUGGUGCUGAGCAGCGAGGGGCUCCAGCACCCGGUCUCCAUUGCACUGCACCCACCCACGAGCAAGAUGUGCCUUGCUGACUGGGGCCUGGCGAGCCAGAGGGCCGGCUCAAAGAUCGAGUGCGCGUCCAUGGACGGGAGCCGGCGGAAGGUGCUCUGGAAGAAAGCCCAAAUGCCCGUGGGCCUGACUUUUGGAGACUUAGGCACUCGGCUCUACUGGGCUGACCAGGCCAAAGGGGUUGUCGCAAGCAUUCAGCUGGAUGGUGCCAAGUUCCGGAUAAUUCGGGGAGGACUCCAUGGCCUUACGCUCUUUGCAGCUGGCGAAGGCAUGAUGGUCUGGACAACCACCCACAAUGGCUCAACUAAAGUGUGGCAUAGCAAGCUGGAACUCAUGGAAAACUGGUGGUUUCAAGUGGACCAGAAGAUUGUGGACGUAAAAAUCUACAGCAAGUUCACCCAACAAGGGAGUAACGGCUGUUCGGAGAACAACGGGGGCUGUGGGGUAGAACCUGCCAGUGCGCUGUGGGGUGACUACCUGGAGAGGAAGAAACCCACACUGCCAGCCCCGACAAAGCCAGGCUUUGGAAGGAAAGAGGAAGUGCUAGUGCCAACACCUGUCCAGACAGCAGCCAAGAGACCCAUCACUGGCUCCAGAUACCUGCCCCCCAAAGGGACCAAAUACCCCAGAAGAAAAACCCCGGCUGCCCUGACGCCUCCCCCCUACAGAGAAAGCAGGACCACGGCGCUUAGUACGUGGGAGUUGACAGAAGAACCUUCUCCGUCACUUGAGGGCAUCGGAAGGGGUCCUGAGCCCCAGCCAUGCAGCAGUGAAGUCUGUAACCUGAGGGGGGACUGCACCAUUGAGGAGGACAGAGUGACAUGUAGCUGCAUGCCGGGGUACAGUGGCGACUACUGUGAGAAGUCAGAGGCCAAAGCUGCCACUGGUCCCGUUGUCUUAGGCCUAGCUGUAGUCUUGCUGGUCGUCAUGGCAGCAGUGGGGGCUUUCUUCUACUUGAGGAGGCAGUACACCCGGAAGAGGACCUCCAGUACCGCCUCCUCUCGGACUCUGACCAGCUACCACAAGGACAGCGACCAGGGUGAAGAGGAGAACCUCACCAACAGUGAGACCUUCAUCAAUGAUGCCUACGACAAAGAACAGGAGCUGGUAACACCUAUGAAAACAGAAUAA